CCUCGAACUAGGUAACAUUUUCCCAAACAAUCGAGCACUCCAAAUCAUAUAUGUACAAACACAGACACACAUAUACAUAUAUGUGCCUGUGUAUAUAUAUGGAGAGAGAGUAAUGGCGAUGGAGACACGGGAAGAAGGAAGAGCUUGGGCAGAGAAAACAGUGUUACGAGCAGAAUGAUCCCUUCGAGAAACGAAGAGGACAUUAAUCGUGCGAACCCAAAUGAGUCUAUGAUUAAGUGUUGUUACUACCGAAUCCGUACAAUUUAUCUACUUUAUCAUCAAAAAGGAAAUUAAGAAAAAGGACAUCUUUGAAAUAUCUUUCGGAGCACAGCACAAUUUCCGAAUUUCAUGUGUACCCAACCAAGAGAACCACCCAAAAGUCUAUUCUCACAUGGAAUUUUCAAUUCAUUCUUAUUACUGGUUCAAUUUAAUGCAUAUGUGCAAAUAUAGGUGUGUAUAUAUAUAUACGCACAUACUACUUCUUAAUUCUUAUAAUCAUCAUUUGUUUAAUCAAUACUAUUCAUAUACGCACACGCUUUGACACGCCUGGGAUUUCUAGCUCUGUUUUUAUUUUUAUUUUCUUCUUUUCGGGUUUUGUUUUUUCCGAUUUGUUUUUGUUUCUAAAAACAGUUUGUCAAAAGCAGAUUUAAUUAUAGCCUCUAUCUUUCUUUACUUUUUUUUUCUUUUUUUCUUUCUUUCUUUUUUUCUUUGUUUCAAUGUUUUUGUUUGUGUUGACCCUGUGAUAGUUGGAUGUGUGGUAAUGUGUUUGUCACUGCACCAAAGCUGACACACCGUAUUUUUUCUAACAAGUGAGAAUAUUUAUUUAUAAUUUUGUGUUUUGAUAUAGCGGUGGAUAGAGGGUCGAGAUAAAUAGAUAGAGAUUCUUAUUAGGCACGAUUUUUUAAAGUUGGAAAUUUUAUUGGGUGGGUGAUUUUUAAGGGCCUAGGGUUCACAUUCUUACUUUACUCUCAAUAUUCGGUGCCUUGUUUUUGAGGGAUUUGAAGCUGCGGACUAACAAGGGUCGUCGAUCUUUCCUGAUUUCUUCAUCUGGGUUGUUGAGAUUCCAUGAUUUUCUCAUCUGGGUCGAUUUUAUGCUCAACUUUGGAGAUUUUAAGUCAGUGGCUCUCUUGUAGAAGGAAGUUAGUUUAUUUUCCUCUUCAACACUUGUGGAAUCGCAUGUAAAGGAUGUACCAUACUCAAGGAGCUUCAAAACACAAUUGUGGUCUCCUUGCGGUUUUAGGGGGGAGACCUUCUGGAAAAGAACAAAAGCAAGAUCCCCCAGUAGAUCGGCCGCUAUAUCCCUUUCCAGAGAUUGUUUCCUCGGGUCGUUUGGAGGUUCAGACUCUGAACAAUCCAAGCAUAGAAGAGUUCCAUAAAGUUCUUGAUUCAUUUCAACCAAAUUUUGUGUAUUUGCAAGGAGAACAGCUUCCAAAUGAUGAAGUUGGAUCUCUGGUGUGGGGAGGUGUUGACUUAUCUACUACUGAAGCCAUAUCCGGGCUUUUUGGUUCCACAUUGCCAAAUACUGUUUAUCUGGAGGUCUCAAAUGGAGAAAAGUUGGCAGAGGUGCUUCAUUCUAAGGGAAUUCCUUAUGUGAUAUAUUGGAAGAAUGCAUUUUCAUGUUAUGCUGCCUGUCAUUUUCGCCAGGCGAUAUUUUCAGUGGUACAGAGUUCAUAUAGCCAUACUUGGGAUGUUUUCCAACUUGCGCAUGCAUCGUUUAAGCUAUACUGUGUACAAAACAACCUUGUCCUUCCUGCUAGCAGCGUGAAAGUUAAUGGUAAGCUGGGUCCACGACUUCUUGGUGACCCUCCAAAGAUCGAGGUUCCUCCACCUGAGGUAGAUGCAGGAGAUGAUGAGACAAACUCUUCUGAUACUCUUCCUGCCAUAAAGAUUUAUGAUGAUGAUAUGAGCAUGAGAUUUCUUGUUUGUGGAGUCACACGCACUUUGGAUGCAUGCUUACUAGGAUCCUUGGAAGAUGGUCUCAAUGCCCUCUUGAACAUUGAAAUGCGAGGGAGUAAACUUCAUAACCGGGUUAGUGCCCUUCCACCACCUCUUCAGGCAGGGACAUUUUCUCGUGGUGUUGUGACCAUGCGAUGCGAUUUAUCAACCUGUAGUUCUUCCCACAUCUCACUUCUGGUGUCGGGAAGUGCACAAACUUGUUUUGAUGAUCAGCUCCUGGAGAAUCAUAUAAAGAGUGAAGUUAUUGAGAAUAGCCAUCUAGUUCAUGCACUGCCUAACAGUGAAGAACAUAGACCGCCUUUGUCCCAACCUAGGAGAUCUGCUUCAAUAGCUUGUGGGGCAACAGUAUUUGAAGUUUGCAUGAAGGUCCCUACAUGGGCCUCACAGGUUUUAAGGCAGCUAGCACCAGAUGUUUCUUAUCGAAGUCUAGUUGCACUUGGCAUUGCCAGCGUUCAAGGAUUAGCUGUUGCUUCAUUUGAAAAAGAUGAUGCGGACCGUCUUCUAUUCUUUUGUACAAAGCAGGGAAAAGAUGACCAUGUAAAGAAUUUUAAUUUCAGUAGACCUCCUAUCUGGUUGAGACCCCCUGCUCCUAGUAGAAAGAGGUCUGAACCAUGCCAAGAAACAAGCCUCAGCUCUCAUCAUGGUUUGUUUUCUGGAAACCUAAGUACUGUCAAGAAAGAAGGCCAAGUGGAUAAGGAAACUGUACUGAAGAAUGGAGCUGCAAUUCCCUUAGUACCUGUUAGACAGAAAUUAAAGGUUGCUGCAAUGAGGCCCAUUCCUCAUGUUCGUCAUCAGAAAAUGCUGCCGUUUGCUGGAAUUUCUGAGGCUGAUGGGCAUGAUGGAGGUCAAGUGAAGGCUAAUUUGUUAGUUGUUCCUUCCACAAAACACAGUUCUGUAGGAUCAAAUCCUGUUGCCCAUCGGAAAUCAUUCUCAAGCUCAUCUCAGGCUAAGCAAAUAAUUUCCUUGAAUCCUUUACCUCUGAAGAAACAUGGUUGUGGUCGAAGCCCAAUACACGUUUGCUCUGAGGAGGAAUUUCUGAAGGAUGUGAUGCAAUUUCUAAUCCUUCGAGGGCAUACCCGUCUCAUCCCGCAAGGUGGGCUUGCUGAGUUCCCAGACGCCAUACUCAAUGCAAAACGUCUUGACCUGUUCAACUUGUAUAGAGAGGUGGUUUCACGAGGCGGCUUUCAUGUUGGCAAUGGCAUCAACUGGAAAGGACAGGUUUUCUCAAAGAUGAGGAAUCACACGGUGACCAAUAGAAUGACUGGUGUUGGGAAUACACUUAAAAGACAUUAUGAAACUUACCUUCUGGAAUACGAAUUGGCUCAUGAUGAUGUAGAUGGGGAAUGCUGCUUGUUGUGUCACAGUAGCGCAGCAGGGGACUGGGUGAACUGUGGCAUAUGUGGUGAGUGGGCCCAUUUCGGCUGCGACAGAAGGCAGGGUCUUGGUGCCUUCAAGGAUUAUGCAAAAACUGAUGGACUAGAGUACAUUUGCCCGCAAUGCAGCGUUUCAAAUUUCAAGAAGAAAAUGCAGAAAACUGCAAAUGGAUAUUCUUGAGGCUCGACAGUCUCACGACCAUUCUGAUUGGUGUUUCCUUGGCCUCUGUUUAAAUUUAUCUUUCUAUUGGUCUUAUAUUUUCUCUCCUUUUAUGCACGAGAAAAUCUGGAAAUGUGUUUUAGAGAUAGGUCUGCACGUAUUAUUAGAUUUUAGCCAUUGUUUUACAUCCAGGAUGGUUCAGGACAAAAAAAAAAGGUUUGGAUACUCGAGUACAGGUGAAGAAAGAAAUGGAGAAAGGGAAGGAAGGAAGCCUACAGUUUGCAGGCAUAAAGUCAGGUCACAGAAAGGGAAGGAUUGGGGGUGGGUGAGGGAUAUGGGGAGUUUUGUGAGCCCAUUGUUCUGAGAGGGUUAUGUAAUAUGUAUAUCUAGUUCCCUUUUCUCCAUCAUAACAACGUUUUUGUAGCUGUUGUAGCUUUAUGAAAAUAAUUUUAAUGGGAGUUUUAGAAUUGUUCCAAUUUA